AUGACGGAAGAGGAGGAAAUCCUCUAUUGGAACGAACAGGAAGAGCUGGCUGAAAAGCAAACCGAGAUCACUCGCAGCAAACACCGACAAGCUCGGAAAUCUGCUGACGAGACGUCGGACAUUCACGAUUACAUCACCAAAACUGCAACGGAAGUAAAGGCCGUGAAAUCCCAGAUCCAUCACGCUACCAAUGCUGCCCCUGAGAUCACACCCUUCACCGCUCGCAUCUCCGAUAUGAGGGUAUCAGAUCCGGGAAAAAUCAAAGUACCAAAGUAUAACGGUACAACUGAUCUUAAGGUGCACCUUCACGCUUUCCACAUCACGAUGGGAAGGGCCAGACUGAAGGACGGCGAAAAGGAUGCCGGCUACUACAAUCUAUUCGUCGAGAAUCUGGAAGGACCGGCGCUCGAGUGGUUCGUACGCCUUAAGCAAAACUCUAUCGGAAGUUUCCGACAGCUCGCAUCAGAAUUUCUCAAGCAAUACUCUGUGUUCAUAGAUAGAGAAACAUCCGAUGUCGACCUCUGGAGUUUGUCCCAGAGGGAAGACGAACCCCUCCGCGAGUUCAUAAGCCGGUUCAAGCUGGUGAUGUCCAUGGUCAGCGGGAUAAGCGACAAAGUGGCCAUUGACGCGCUCAGAAAGACGCUUUUGUACAAGUCGAAAUUAAGAAAAUUGAUAACCCUCGACAAACCGCGGACGAUCCAAGACGCCCUCCACAAGGCAACGGACUACAUCAUAAUAGAAGAGCAAACAAAAGUCUUAUCGCAAAAUCAUAGGUCGACUAAACCAUCCUCGAAAGAUGUAGACCCAAAAACGAAAAAGAAAAACUCUCGUAACGACAAGGCUUACCAACGGAAGGCCGAAUCAAGUGCAAACUGGCCUACAUGGUCUCCUCCCCGAGAUGGUCAAAGCAACUUGAUAACUUUUACGAAGGAUGAAGCCGGCGGGAUUGAUCAACCUCACUGCGAUCCACUCGUCAUAGAUCUUGUCAUACGAGAUCUGGAAGUCGGGAGAGUCCUCAUCGACACGGGAAGCACGGGAAGUAACUCCAACGCCAAAACCACUUACGGGUUUUUCGGGAGAAGUAUUGAUGACCCUCGGAUCGAUCCAACCGGAAAACCCGGACAAAAACAUUGA